AUGGAGCAAAUUAGCUGUUGCGCAAAAGUCGUCUUCAAAGGAAAUCAAGUGGAAGGUACUGGAGCGUCUAAGUUAAAGAGGGUUGAUUGUUAUAUCGCUGAUGAAACGUGCCUUUUGAAAUUAACCCCGUGGGAAGGAUACAUCGACAUGGUAUCCGUUGGAGAAGUUUUCGCAUUCAAACAUCUCAGAAUACGGGAGAGCGACGGCGAAGAAAACGGACGAAUUCUCAAUACUACCUUACACCCUAUCCAAACUGUCAUAACACAGGCGGAGAAUUUAAGCGAGGAACGAAAAUGUGCUUUCAAUGACGUUGCAUUGCUAAUAGCUGAUGGUGAAAACCAUCAAUAUAUGGAACUGAACAUUGAUAACAUUGAUAACAUCGAUUCCAUCAACGAACUUUCGCAUUUUAAACAAUGCCCUAAGUGUCAGAAAAAA